CUGAAUAACAGGCCGGCGGCGGCUAAUCUCACAGAAUAUGCAAAGCUGCCAUCACCAGAGAGGCUGGAUGAAGACACAGAGUGGUUUGAGCUAAAUGGAUGGCCACGGUAGGCCUAUUACAUUCACAUAGGCUAAUAAUAAAAUAAAAUAUUAAAUAAAUAAUAAGUUUACAGGACAACUACUUUGAUGCGACUGCCGGUGAGUUCAUUAUAACGUGGUUCAGUAACAACUGAGAAGGUGUGGGCAGAUGGAGGACUGUCCAUGAUUCCGCCCGGGGGAAAAAACGCCGUGGAUCCAUUAAGUGGGUAUUUGAACGCUCAGAAAUUGGUCGAAACAUAUGUCAAGAGCUUGAUAAUACCCGAGGAAGAAAGCGAAUAUUUCGGACAAGGUUUUUACUGGAGUAAAUCUACCUGAGUCACCUGUUGGAGCGGAACUGCUCUCUAUCAUCAGUCCAGCAGCACUUUUCAAAAUCUGCAGUGAAGCCAUGGGACCGACCAGUGCUCCGAAAGGAUGUGAUUCCAGUAUCAGCUCCAUAUAUUACAACCUGUGUGACCUGACUACAGUGUGGGGAGUGGUGGUGGAGGCCUUUGCUGCUGCUGGUUUGGUGACUUCCUUUGUUCUGUUGGUCAUCCUCAUGGCCAGUUUACCAUUUGUGACAGACAAGAAGAGAAAGGGUAUGGUGGGCCUGCAGGCCGGAUUUCUGGUGUUUACUCUGGGACUCUUUGGGCUCACUUUUGCCUUCAUUGUGGGUCGGUACUCCACCAGCUGUGCUGCACGGAGGUUCCUUUUUGGAGUACUGUUCUCAGGCUGUCUAGCCUGCCUGGUCAUGCACGGGUUGUGGCUUGCCCUGCUGAAGCGGAGAGGCCGGGGGCCCAGGAGCUGGAUGUUAUGCCUGGGAGCCCUGGGUCUGUGGAUGGUCGAGGUGAUCAUCAACACUGAGUGGCUUAUCAUCACUGUGGUCAGAAGCCCACCCGGAGGUGUAAUCAUCCCUGACAUGUUCUGCAGCAUUGUUAACCAGGACUUUGUGAUGGCUCUGAUCUAUGUGAUGGUUCUGCUACUAGCUGUGGUGCUGAUGGCUGGGCCCUCACUGACACACAAGCACAAGCACUGGCGCCGAGAUGGAGCCUUCAUCCUGGUCACAGGGCUCUUCACCUUGGCUAUCUGGGUAACUUGGAUUGUCAUGUACAUCCAUGGAAACAGAGUGGCAGGAAAUCCCAGCUGGGACGAUCCUACUCUGGCUGUAGCCGUGGUGUCAAAUGCCUGGGUAUUCCUCUUCCUCUACACCAUCCCAGCAAUCUGCGUACUAACCCAGGAGGACCCAGACCAGGAGCAGCCAUUUGAUGGAGAAGCUGUUUAUCCUGCCAGAAGUCUGGUUUAUGACAAUAUCCUUAAGGAGCCAGAGCCACUCCACCAGAACGUAUACAUGGAAAAUAAAGCCUUCACUAUGGACGAGCCUCCACCAGUACCCUCAAAGCCAGUGUCUCCAUAUGGUGCUUAUAAUGGUCGGCUACGAAGUUGUGUGUACCAGCCCACUGAAAUAGCCCUGAUUGCCAAGGGUAUGACUAAGAUGACAGACGACCAAGAUGUGAGGAUGCCUCGAGCCAGAACCCACUCUCUAAAUCCAGGAAGUGGCAGCUCCCAGCCUCGUUCCGCCGAGCCCUCGCUGUUUUAAAGGACCGUAAAGCGCAGGAAGCUUGAGUCGAGGGCGUCACCUACACAAUCAGUUGGUUCAGCUAUGAAAUCUCCACCAGGGGUUUGUUCUCCCGUCAGAGUUCAUUGUAUCAAAUGCAUUGUACCCUCCUUUCUCUUCCUUGGCAAGAAUCUUAAAACAUGAACACUGUGGUGGUCAAUCUUCAGCAAUUACACUCAGAAAGAAAAUCAAGAGAAAGAGUGGCAUGUAUUAUCUGUAUGGGAAAGCAGUUCAUUUACCUUCUAGCUAAGAGAUAGAGCAACAAUCGUUUCUGUCUCUACUUUUUACAUUUCUACAAAAUCUAAAUCCCAAAGUGGAACAACGUUCCAAAAACGUUCAGGUGACAAGUGACCUACUGUAGGUUGAUGGUGGAGAAGCUGUAGACAAGGAUUAGGCGCAGAGAGUUUCAAGCGAAGGCAGGGUCUAUAACUUAACCAUUACAUGUUUUAUUCACAAACAUUGAAAGUUGUAAUUGUGUUCUCACCAAUAGAAUGCUUUUAUCUUAAAUCUGCUGGCUGUAAUUUGUAAUUUCUGUUGGCUGUUGUAACACAUACUUGUGAAAUUAGGUUUUGAUUCCUCUUAAAGCCAUGAUUUUGUAGUGCCGUAGAUUUCUAAAAUUAUAAUUGUAUGUAUAAGGUGUAAAUUCUAACUUAUUAAAAAUGUAAAAGGUUACUUAAA